AUGUCAAUAUGCGAGGACUCGGCAAAUGAAGACUCCUGUAGUAACGACGGCUUCAUUCUACACACCGCAAAUGUGAGUAGACCUGUGGACACAAGUUCGAGCUAUAUUAUGGAAAAACUCUCACAGAUGUUGGACACCAAACUGGCUCCAGUGGCGCAGGACUUGGUGAGGAUCGACUCAAGGUUGAGUGCCAUGAAGCAGGAGAUUUCUAAAGAAAUUAAAAAUGAAUUUGUACAAGCCAUUGAUCAAAUAAAACAAGAGUUCUCGGAUACCACCGACUUUUUGAGUGAACAGAUUAAGAGCUUCAAGGCGGAACUAUGUACAAUGAAUAAUAAAGUUAAAGUCCUGGAAGUUGAAAACUCACGUCUUAAUGCAGAAAUAGUAGCUAUUAAAAAACACCAAAGCUGCCAACCUAGUGCAUCAGAGCUACAGAACAUUAUUGACCAAAUGCACUCUGAACUUAAUGAAAGAGAACAGACCCUACUUUUAACUGAAGUCGAGAUAACCGGCGUGCCAGAAUACCAGUCCGAAUCAAGUACACACAUAGUUCAAGCAAUAGCAAAAAAGUUGGGUAUGACAAUCGACGAACAAGACAUUGUUAGCGUAGUCCGCGCGGGCCCGAAGCGCCUGGUUGGUGCAGAGGGCGACACAAAACCGCGCCCCCGACCACUGGUGGUAAAGCUUACCCGCCGAUCGAUACGCGAUGAUCUACUGCGGAAUGCAAGAGUGCGACGUGGUCUCACUACUGAGAACAUCGGUUUACCAGACGGCACGCCUUCCCGCGUCUAUGUCAACGAACGACUGACAAAAACUAACCGUAGGAUAUUCCACCAGGCAAGACUGGCCGCCGGAGCUGUAAACUGGAAGUUUGUUUGGACUAAGGAGGGACGUAUCUUCAGCAGGCGGACAGACAGCGGCGAGAGCAGAGCGGUUCAAAUCAAAUCGGAAAAAGACAUUAAACGUGUUUUUGGUGUGGACCUUAAUGUCUCGGAUAGUAAAUAA